AUGUUGGAUGCCGACCAGCCCCUCGACAACUCCAAUAUUACAGGUGCUUGCAGCCGCGUCAUGUCGCGCACGCGUUUCCCAGCUUGUCGAAGCCUGCCUGCCGGACUGUCUACCUAUCCUGUUGCCGAGCCUCAGCUGGCCUUCCCGAUCAAUUCACAAGUCCCUCCUGUGGCAUAUGCAUCUCAGCCAUACGAUUUUGUCUUUUCCGAGACUACCUUCGUGUCCAGCGCACCGCAGAUAUCCUACACAAUCACAAACGGUCCGAACUGGCUCGAGAUCGACAGUGCUUCCCGCAGAUUCUCGGGCGUGCCCAAUGGUGAGGAAGUGGGAGCAGCAACUAUCCAGCUCGUCGCCUCGGACUCGACAGGGCAGACAUCCACAAGCUUCACUUUCGUGGUUGCCGAAUCUUCAGACCUUCACGUCGAUGCGCCAAUACUUCCUCAGCUAGAACGCAGCGGGGCUACUUCCUCACCCAAUUCGCUACUUGCACAUCGCCAAGAACCCUUCAACCUUUCUUUCGGAGAGGAUACUUUUCGUGGUGCGGUCCCCGCAACCAGAUAUUAUGCUGUUUCUGCAGACAACACACCUCUACCUCCGUGGGUGCAGUUUGAUGAAUACACAUUGUCAUUUUCGGGCACGACUCCUGCGUUGGUCUCCGCCCUGGCCGGGCCCCAGACAUAUGGCCUAAGACUGAUUGCGUCAAAUGUACCAGGAUUUGCCGAAGCAGCAAUCGAUUUUGACAUUGUCAUUAGCAGGCGCGUGUUUGGGUUUUCGACGGCGUCCCAGAACAUCAGCAUCUCCCCCAGCGUUCCCUUUCAGUCUGCAUCAUUCCGAUCCUUCCUCAGCCUGGAUGGCCAGGCUGUAGCAGAUAAUCAACUUGCAAGCGUUGAUGCAGAUGUUCCGACAUGGGUCUCGUUCGACAAAAACCAGUUAUCCUUGAGCGGGACUCCCAGUGUUUCAACCAACGCCACCAUCACAAUCAGCGUUACAGAUAUCUAUGGCGAUGUAGCCCAUGCCACCGUCUUUCUGCAAGGUUCGGCCAAUGGGAGCGAGCUCUUGGGGACUCUCGCUGUUAUCAAUGUUACAGCUGGAGAGUACUUUUCUUACACUUUGGCUACUCCUUCGUUCUCGCACUCAACCCGAGCGAUAGCAGAUCUGGAUGACGCAUACAGCUGGCUUAACUUCGACCCCUCGAGUUGGACUCUGUCCGGGCAUGUUCCGGUCGAUCAAAAUGCGCAGCCGCUAGAUAUUCGAAUCACCUUUGAAGAUACAGCAUCAACUGCUACAGGGGAUGUCGUGCUGCAAGUGGUGCACGCCACGAGAGCAACAGGGGUCACCUCGACGCAAGUUUCAAAGACACAGACUCUUCCGAAGGCCAGUGUCACCAGCGAAGGUCCAGUGCCAGCUACCAGUCCCAGAAAUCAGAAAACAAGCAACAGGCAUGCCUUGCACGUCACACUUGCCAUUGUCUUUCCCCUAUUUGCAGCCAGCCUUGUGCUUCUUCUAUUUCUGUGCUGUCUUAGAAGAAAGAAACAUAGCAAACGACGUGUUAGCAAGAAUUCCGUUGAGGAUAGUCCUGGGUCUGGUGAAGGGCCUGGGCAAGAGCCUGCUCCACGAACUGCAUUGUCUACAGAGAUCCUGGGACUUGUUAACCCCCAGCAACCAGCCCCUCCACGGCCUCCGAGACUCGAUCUCCAAUUGCCAAACGACUCGAUGCGACAGUCUAGACAGAGCCUGUCGGCUGCAGCCCGACUGGGGCCACUUUCUCAGCACCGAAUUUCACAGAUAUUUGCGGAUGAUCCAGGUCUAGCUACCGGCGUAGCGAUACCUAGGCGAGCUGCGAACACCGCAGAAUCUGGGGAGACAACAGAUUUCGCCCCUGCAGCUGCGUCAGUCAACCAGGGCGCGCUGCCUCAAGGUCCUUUGUCAUCCAUCGUCAGCAGAUCCUCGAUAGCAGGCCGUCAAAGCUGGAAUAGGCAUUCUUCCAGACUGAGUCAACAAAUUGUGCUGCCAGCAAUAGUGGGAUUACCAGAUCGAAGAAGUGGUGCCGGUCACGGCGCUGGUCUACUCUUGCCUCCUGAUGCCACUGCAAGCCGCAUGUCUUGGCGGGAUACUUGGACAUCUUACCCAUCGAUUGACCCUCGCCGGACGACGGUGGUCCUAGAGUCAUUCCCGGCCCCUCCCGGAGAUGGGUCAGAUUCCGGCAAAAGCCUUCCUAGAACAAAGAUACCACCCCCUUUGUUACGAGUUGUCUCCGAAGAUAGUGACGAGGCCAUGUCCUUCGAGGAACAGCGUCAGAGGUGGCACACAGAACGUGCAAGAGCGAGGCUGGAGGGGAUCUCACGAUUUUCCAAUGAAGGGUCGGCACGGAUGAUGGGGUCAAAUAGAACACCGUGGCGUGCAAGGGAUAACGCAACAGAAAAGUCUGAGCCGUCGAAGCCGAUCAGCAAGCCGAAAGUGUUAGGCGAACGCUCAUACGAGCACUCAUGGUCGGAAUGGUCAGGAGUUGGACCAGCCGCCCGCGAAUCUUCACAAGUGAGAAGUCCAUCAGUCUCACAUAUUCUCAGUCGACCGGUGUCAAGAAGGAGGCCCAGCGUUGCGAGCAGCGGCCAGUUUGAGUCGGUCACGUCCUCUGACAGUCAGUGGGAAGACGAGGAGGAUCUGGAGGUGGAAGAAAGCAAGGAAGGAUUCAGACAGUGGCAGACUUAUAACCGCUCACAAGCAUCGCCGCGCCUGCCUUUGAGCCCAGUUCCUGCUUCGAGGGAGAACUCGGACAGAAGGAGUGCCAGUGAUUACACGAGGUAUCAGACGCGGGUGGCGGCCGGGAGAUGGCAUGUCAGUGUCGAAGAGCGAGGGCUGACGAGAUCGUACGGCAGCCAGAGUGGAAGCUUCCGUUUUCUUUGA